AUGAGUCGAUUGGGCUCCACCCUCAUCCGUCAGGGGGGAUCCCUGACCUCAUGCGCAACACAGGAGGGAACAGAAAUCCGGGCCAUCCAUGCCGCCAGCAACAACAGGAACGGCACCAAGAGAGAUUCACUGCCAAAUCUGGCGGAUCUGUUGUGUAGCCGGAAUUUUAAGUCAGCAGUGUCUUUGCUGCAAAAAGAAAGAAGCAGCGGGCGAUCCCGCCCCAAGUCAGAUCUGUGGCUCGGCUACUGUCUCUUCCACGCGAGGGAGUACAAGGAGGCCCUGGCUGUGUACGAGCGGCUCAUGAGGGUCUCUGGACUGCCAACUGAGUGGGAGCGGACAGAUUGUGAGAAGUACUCCCUCCCUUCUGCUGCUAGUGCCGAAACAUCUGCAGGGACCUGCAACAAUGAAUUGAGCUCAGAUGAGAAAGAACAAUUGCCUCUACUCAAGGGUCUUUGCCACUUCGCCCUACAGCAGCCAGAAAAAGGACUUGCAGAAAUACGGCAUGCCAAACCCGGGCCGAUGCAGCGCAGGCUGCUGCUGCUACUACGUAUGCAGUGGCAGCACCAGGAUCCUAGAGGGACCCCCUUUUCAAAGGAACCUGAUUCGUGGGAGGAUAUAGAUAGGGCAAUUGAGAGUCUUGAGGAGGGUGACAGGGAUGAUCAGCUAUGUGCUGCUGCAGCCUAUUUCUCGCGCUGUCGCUACCAAAAAGGGGCGGACCUGUAUGGCUCCCUACUUUCUGCCGAUCCUAAGGCCACCGCUCUCAAAGUGUAUCGCGCCCUCUGUUGUUUCAGGCUGGGAAACGUACAGGAAGCUGAGAGGCUUACCCAAGAAUAUCUCGCUCAACACCCGGGAUCGCUAUUUGCGUCCAAUUUGCUCUGGUGUUGCCUAGUGACCCAAGGGCAGAAAGAAGCCGCGCAAAAGUUUCUCCAGGGCCUCUGUGAGGAAAUGCAGCUGCGUGUGGAGGAUCUUAUGGCUCUAUCGGAGACCCUAAGGCCCAAUCUAUGCUUUGUGCAGGGAGCAAGCAGGGAACUCCCUGCCAUCUUAGAGCCCCUGGUGGGGGUCUUGCCCGAGGCUCGUUACAACCUCGCGCUUUUUCAUUUGCAAAGGGACAAGCCAGAAGAUGCCUUGGCUCUUCUCCGGGAACCCCUGCUUUUGUCAAACGCGUCAGUUUUCCUGGAAAAGGCCUUGAAGGCCGGGGCUUUGUUGAUGCUGGGGCAGUGUGGGGGGAGGGAAGCCCUGCUGACCGAGGCCCAAAGUCUCUUUCAAGAAGUUGCUUCUUCUAAGCAGGCUCCCGAGGACUGCCCCCUAAAGCUGCAAUGCGCAAUGUACAGCUUCUGUCUCCAGGGUGAGCAUCAGAAGGCUUGGGCCUGUUCAGAGAGGCUCUUGGCCUGCGGCAACAAACAGCCGGCGCUGCACUGGACUCGCAUGCUUCUUGCGGCCUCGAUGGGAAUAUAUGAGGAGGCACUCGCAUGCAUCCUCGCCAUCGACGACAAAACGUGCGCCUUGUUCAGUUUCACACGCAACCCACCACGUGCCUCCCAACCAAUAUUCAACGCGCAGUGUAGAGUUGUGGGAUUGUUGCUGUGCAGGCACGGGAUUGAGGAAUGCUACCCCUGUUGGUUUGUACGGUUGCACGUCAAGGCUCAACGACCAGAAGACGGCUUCCGCUUCUGCAUGCAACAGCAAGGGACCCCUGGCUUUCUACCGCUGCUUCAGCAGUUUGCUGCAGACUGCCACGUUACCAAACAGUACCGCAGUGCCCUCGAGGCCUUUGCUGUGCUGGAGCAAGUGCAGCCAAAUCAUGAGACACAUCGAGGGUUUUGUGCAGCAGCCGCAGGCCUCAUUCUGCAGAUUGCCUGUGGACAGCAAACUGUAGAGGCCAUCCCGUGGCUGUUACAGCUAUUGAAUAGCUCGCAGGGGUCAUCGGUCACGGACCUCAAAGCUGCGGCUCAACGCGUCGCUUUGGACUUCGAGAAACAGCAGCAUUGA